AGAACUGGGUCUGGAGGGUGGGUGUGGACAGUGUGUUCUAGGGGAGCUGGGUGCCCCCUGGGACACUUGGAAUUGCAGGUGGGCAAUGAUGGGUGUUGGAGGAGGGUUAGGCUCCCCCGUGAUUGGAGAAGUAAGUUUGAGCAUCUGUGUGUACCAAAUCAUUUUUGUCAUGGCAGUUACUGUCCCUGAGAAGGCAUCAAAGUUAAUGAGAGAUAGGAAAGAGUGGGGCUCUGACCCCCGUUUAAAAUGGUUUAAGAGUGUGCAGCUCUUGUUUUCUGAAUGUCUGGCCUUCCCGACACAAGCAGGCUCUGAGGACAGGUUUUCCAGCCGAAAUAUGAUUAAAUUGUAUUAGCAUCUUAUUACAUACACGCCUUAGUGGUCUGCCUCAGACAGGGAGAGUUUUUGUUUCUCUUCGGAAGAUUGUGUCUGGAAUGGUAAAUUGCCUGCUUGAAAGCCUCCCCACCCCCCUUUUUUUAAGGAGGAAGACGAAAUCCUGCUGUGUAUGGUGGCAGGCUGGGUAGGCCUGGUGGCCCCCAGAGAGGAGAGGCCAGAGGCCAGGUUGGGGUGUUUUAACUGCCUAGGGAGCUGCUGCAGUAGCAGGCCUGAAAGGCCCACUGUUUCCAGGGUCAGCUGGAAGGGCGUUAAUGGAGGCCCAGGGUGUUUAUUUGAGUUUAUUUGUGGAGAGGUCUUUAAAAGGGGGCUGGCAUUGGGCAUUGGUGUUUCAAGUCCAGACCCGAGGCCCCCACUAAGACCAAUGGCUAGUGUUGCCAAGAAAACAUCUACCACCAAAUUGCUGCCCUAUUACUGAGUUGACAUUGAUCGUUAGCCAGGAGCCCAACCAAAUACAGCCUCCUGGAAAAUGUGUGAGGUUAAGACAGGGAAGGCGGGCUAUGCAAACGGGACGAAAUCUUGGGCUGGGGUGUUUGCUCCCGCAAGCUGCGAGCAGGCCAGCUGGGCUGUGUGGUCCCACACUUCUAGAGGGAGGCGACAAGAACACACUCGGCACUCCAUGUGUACCAAGUCCCUGUUAUGUGCUGGGGCGCCAGCAGGGAUCCAAACAGUUGCGCUUUUUACUCUCAUGGAACGUAUAUUCCCAAGGAGAAGGACAUUCAACAAGUAGCUCAACAAACACAAAUUGUGAUGGGUGCUCUGAAGAAGCUGACUGAUUGGGUGGUGGGCUUUCUGUAGAUAAGGCAGCUGGCAUAGACCUCUGUGACGUUUAAGCCGAAACUUGAAGGAUGAAAAGUCAGACGUGCCUAGGCUGCGUAGACCAUUCCAGGCAGAGAGCACACCUGUGCACAGGUCUUGACUCAUGGACUGUUUGGUUUGUUUCGGGAAAUGAAAGGAGGCCAGUUUGGCUGGGAAGUGGUGGGGAUGGGGGCGGUGGUCAGUAUGUGGUAGGCAGCGGUAAGAUCACGUAGGGUCUUAUGGUCAGAAGCUUGAGUUUUGCCCUUUGAGCAGCAGGAAACCUUUGAAAGAUUUUAAAUAGGGCAUGACAUGAUCUGAUUUAUGCUUUUUGAAGAUCAUUGUGGCUGCUGUGUGGAUCUUGGAUUAUGAGGGAGCCAUAGCGGAAGUUGGAAGAUGAAUGAGGAGUCCCGCAAGAGAUGAGACUGGCUUGGACCAGUAUGGUAGCAGUAGAGAUAGGGGAAAUGUGGGUGGAUUCUCACUGUAUCCUGGAGGGAGCGCCCACUGGACUUGCAAGCGUUGGCGGUGGGGCGGAGGAGGCUGUGGGCUGCUGCUCAUUGAGGGAACUCAAAGAGGGGACCCGAAGGAGAGCCGUGUGUGUCUCUAUGCUGGGGAUGGUGUGGGAGUGCAAGUGCACUGGUGGCAAUGGCAGGAAACGGGGACACUUUCUUUCCCAGAGUCUUCUCUGUAGGUAAGAUUUCAGGAGCACUUUCUGCCCCUAAAAGCAAGUGCCUUGUGACCCUGAGGUAUUUUCCCAGAGCAGACCUUGCUUUGGGAGAGGUUGGGGGAGGCAGUGGAAAAGGAGAACCAGAGGCCAAGACCGUGUCUUGGCACUCCCAUCCCCCACCUGCAUGUAUAGCCCUGGGUUUCAGCUUUGGUAAAAGAGUCCUCCCUGUCUCCUUUGCUGGGUUGGAGAGGGCCUUCAUGGGGCAAAAGGCUAUGCCGCAGGGGGAGCCCAGGCCUCAUCUGGGGCUUCAUUAACCACUGACAGUAAGAGGCUCACCUGAGGCAGGGAGGCCUUUGGAACAGACUUGGUUCAAAGGAAGGAAGCAAAGCAGUGGUUUCCCGCUGAAGCCUAGUUAUUAUUCCAGUUAAGCCACCGCAGAAUCUGCUCCCUUAAUAACACCCUGCUAAGGAGGACUCUGGGGUGUUUCACGGAGGGCAGGUUGGACGGGCGGCUGGCUGAGGGUGGGUGCAGGUCUGCACGCCGACGGGGCACUCUGGUCCUAGGCAGUGAGAAGGUCAUUGGCAGUCAAGAGGUCCUGUUGUAGGGGACCUUGCUUACUGUACAGGCUCACUGCCUCGCUGAGGAGGCCUUCAGGUGGGCGCUGGUUAGGAGGACUGUCCACCUGGCCCGAGUCCGCUGUGGAAUUAAGAACCAGCACUCAUACGGAGUGCCAGCCACCGUGCUAAGGGCUUUAUACUGCUCUCAUUUACUCACCAGCUGAUUCUGGCCCACAGAUGUGUUUAGUUUGGCCCUCUCAAAGUGUUUUAAAAAUCUGAAUCAGUUGCCAACAUUUUAAGUUCAGGAGAUUUAUGUAAAAUUCCAGAUCCAGUUUGUGUCCUUUGGGAGGUGUGUCUUUUCCAAGGUCCCUGGUCUAGUGAGGGGUGCAGGUAGGAUUUGAACUUGGCCUCCCUGAAUCCAGUGCUCCUGCUUUAUAUGCUAUGAGAGAGCCUGGCUUGCAAGUGCCCCUUUUCUGGAAAUGAAGAGCAAUGCAAUUCAUGUAGAGGAUUGCAGGAGAAAACAGGUGGGUGCACUUAGAGCACCUCUCCCCCUGCUCCUGCUCUACCUGUGAAAGGGCUGGGUUGGCAAGAUGUAGGCUAGAGUCAAGAGUUCUGUUAAAGUCACCUCAUCACACUCAGACCCCGGAGGAUAGCAAGGAUGGGCAGCUGUGGGCGGUGGAGCAUUAUUGCCCCAUUCAGUGUAUGACCUGAGCCACUGGGCUGCUUGCACUCUGCUGCACAGAGGCAGGGUAGCCUAAAGGUCAAGAACAUGGUCUCCUGAGUCAGACCUCUUACGAGCACUGUGAUCUUGGGCAAGUCACUUAACCUCUGAGCUUCAUUUUCCUCAGCUGCAAAAGGGAAGCAGCCAUCAGGCCCACCAGCACCAAAGGGCUGUUCUGAGGCCUCAGUGAGCUCCCUGUGUACCAGGACGCACCCCCUCCCCAAGCGAUGGGUGCUUAGCAGUUUUAGCUCUUGUUCCUGCCUCCUUGGCGUCCAUGCUACCACCAGGCAUCCCUCCAUACCCCCACACCCUCUAGAGAGCACUUUGCCUGCACCUUUGGAGCUGGGCAGCAAGCAGUGCUAGUGAACCUUCCUGUCAUCCUGAUCCUGCUACUGGGGACACAGGGGUGGAGAGGAGCUCCUGGCUAAGGUCAAGUAUGAGGCAGGAGGGUACUUCUGAAUAGCUCAGAGUUCUGGGUAGUCACACCCCACCUUAGAGAGCCGAUGCUCCCUGGUCUCUGCAGGGCCACAGUCAAAUAAGAUGACCCCCAUGCUUGGGCAUGAGCAGACUUGGGAUGACAGCAGGUGGCAAAUGGGAUGCCGAGUGGGGGUGGGGAGCCUGGCUGGCCUGCAGCUGGGACGAGCAGCGGGGCUUUUUCCCUACUGACACUGGCUCCUUGUCCUUUGCUGUGGACAGUGAGGCAGCCCAGGGUCUAGACUGACAGGAACACGGUGGAAAGCACUCUGGGCCCUGAGCCCCAGGUCUCUUCUCACGUUAGGACUCGGCCACUGACUAGCUGUGAGACCCGGGGCAGGUUAACAAGCCACUCAGUGUGCUCCCCUCCAAGAGGGGACAAGAGCAGGCUCUGCCACCCAGGACUCUGCAGGAUUAGAGGAAAUAGUGGGUGGGAAAGCACUUCAAGAGGCAGGAGCUGACAAGAGCACAAAGGCAGCUCAGUGUGGGCUCAGGGAUCAGACCACGUGGAUUCAAAUCCCAGUUCAGCCAGUUACUAGCAGGACAAGGCACUGAGCCUCCUCUGUAAAAGAAGCUAAUAGCUCACAGCUCCCCAGGUUGUUAGGACCUGAGAUAGCAUGGGUAGGGGAAAGAGCUCAGUAUGGAAGAGCUGCCCUUCCUACCUCGAAGUUAAAUACUGUAGUGGAGAGAAAGUUGGUUUUUUCUUUUAUCUGCAGAAGGACAUUGAGGGGAGGGAGGGCAGCCCAGCCCAGCCCAUUCACCCUGGGCCUGGUGUGGCUCAGGGACCCAGCUUGCAGCCUCCCUGCCCCCACCCCAUUUCCACACCCCUCUGGCUGCCGCUCUCAGUAUGUGCCCUCAGUGCUGUCUGGACUGGCUUGUCCCUCAACUCCGAUAACCUGAUCCUCCUGGAAGAGUCAGUCUUGUUUCCUGUGCCCUCCCUCCUCAGCACCCAGCAGGGUACCACUUGUAACUUGCAGAUGGAAGAGAAGAGGCGAAAGUACUCCAUCAGCAGCGACAACUCUGACACCACCGACAGUCACGCUACAUCUGCAUCAAGAUGCUCCAAACUGCCCAGCAGCACCAAAUCAGGCUGGCCCCGGCAGAACGAAAAGAAACCCUCAGAGGUUUUCCGGACAGACUUGAUCACAGCCAUGAAGAUUCCAGACUCAUACCAGCUCAGCCCGGAUGACUACUAUAUCCUGGCAGACCCAUGGCGACAGGAAUGGGAGAAAGGUGUGCAGGUGCCUGCGGGGGCAGAGGCCAUUCCAGAGCCCGUGGUGAGGAUUCUUCCACCAUUGGAAGGCCCCCUUACCCAGGUGUCCCCUAGCGGCUCCGACCUUGGUGAGGGCUCCCAGCCUGAUUGGCCAGGGGGCAGCCGCUAUGACCUGGACGAGAUUGACGCCUACUGGCUGGAACUCAUCAACUCGGAGCUCAGGGAGAUGGAGAGGCCAGAGCUGGAUGAACUGACGCUCGAGCGCGUACUGGAGGAGCUGGAGACUCUGUGCCACCAGAACAUGGCGCGGGCCAUCGAGACGCAGGAGGGGCUGGGCAUCGAGUAUGAUGAGGAUGUCGUCUGUGACGUGUGCCGCUCUCCCGAGGGUGAAGAUGGCAACGAGAUGGUCUUCUGCGACAAAUGCAACGUCUGCGUGCACCAGGCAUGCUACGGGAUCCUCAAGGUGCCCACAGGCAGCUGGUUGUGCCGGACGUGUGCCCUGGGUGUCCAGCCGAAGUGCCUGCUCUGCCCCAAGCGAGGAGGAGCCUUGAAGCCCACUAGAAGUGGGACCAAGUGGGUGCACGUCAGCUGCGCUCUGUGGAUUCCUGAGGUCAGCAUCGGGUGCCCCGAGAAGAUGGAGCCCAUCACCAAGAUCUCGCAUAUCCCAGCCAGCCGCUGGGCUCUGUCCUGCAGCCUCUGCAAGGAGUGCACGGGCACCUGCAUCCAGUGUUCCAUGCCUUCCUGCGUCACGGCAUUCCACGUCACAUGCGCCUUUGACCACAGCCUGGAAAUGAGGACUAUAUUAGCAGACAACGACGAGGUCAAGUUCAAGUCGUUCUGCCAGGAGCACAGUGAUGGGGGCCCACGGGGUGAAACCACGUCCGAACCCGUGGAGCCCAGCCCAGCCAGCGAGGACCUGGAGAAGGUGACCCUACGCAAGCAACGGCUGCAGCAGCUGGAGGAAGACUUCUAUGAGCUGGUGGAGCCAGCCGAGGUGGCUGAGCGCCUGGACCUGCCUGAGGUGCUGGUCGACUUCAUCUACCAGUACUGGAAGCUGAAGAGGAAAGCCAACGCCAACCAGCCACUGCUGACGCCCAAGACCGACGAGGUGGACAACCUGGCCCAGCAGGAGCAGGACGUCCUCUACCGCCGCCUGAAGCUCUUCACACACCUGCGGCAGGACCUGGAGAGAGUUAGAAAUCUGUGCUACAUGGUGACAAGGCGCGAGAGAACGAAACACGCCAUCUGCAAACUCCAGGAGCAGAUAUUCCACCUGCAGAUGAAACUUAUUGAACAGGAUCUGUGUCGAGAGCGGUCUGGGAGGAGAGCAAAGGGCAAGAAGAGCGACUCGAAAAGGAAAGGCCGCGAGGGUCCGAAGGGCAGCCCCGAGAAGAAAGAGAAAGUGAAGGCAGGGUCCGACUCAGUCCUGGGGCAGCUUGGCCUGUCCACUUCAUUCCCCAUCGACGGCACCUUCUUCAACAGCUGGCUGGCGCAGUCGGUGCAGAUCACGGCAGAGAACAUGGCCAUGAGCGAGUGGUCGUUAAACAACGGGCACUGCGAGGACCCUGCUCCGGGGCUGCUGUCGGAGGAGCUGCUGCAGGACGAGGAGACGCUGCUGAGCUUCAUGCGGGACCCCUCACUGCGACCUGGCGACCCUGCCAGGAAGACCCGUGGCCGCACCCGCCUGCCUGCCAAGAAGAAGCCACCACAGGAUGGGCCCGGUUCACGGACGACUCCAGACAAAACCCCCAAGAAGCCCUGGGGCCAGGAUGCUGGCAGCGGCAAGGGGGGUCAGGGGCCACCUGCCAGGAAGCCACCACGGCGAACGCCUUCUCACCUGCCAUCCAGUCCUACGGCCGAGGACUGUCCCGUCCCAGCAGCUCCCGAGAGCCCCCCACCGCUGGCCCCCGAGACCCCGGACGAGGCGGCCCCAAUGGCUGCCGACCCGAAUGUCCAAGUGCCUGGCCCUGCGGCGAGUCCCAAGCCCUCAGGCCGGCCUCGGCCGCCCCGCGAGAGCAGGGGAACCCGGAGGUCGCCAAGUGCCAGGCCUGAUGCCGGGACAGGACCGCCUUCUGCUGUGGCCGAGAGGCCAAAGCCAGAACUUCUCCAACAAGAACCUUGCAAAAGUCCAGUGAAUCAUUCUGUGGAUGCCAAAGAAUAUUUUGACCAUAAUACAGCACAGCCUGGACCUGACAACUUGUCACUUGGACUAUUUUUUAAACGGAGCUCUUUAGCAACCAAGUAUAGAAACAUGUUCAUCGCACACGUCCGGGAGGCGAGCGCAAGCUCUUGGAUGAGGAUGCUGUUCUGCUGCUGGUGUUGGAUUUCAGAUCCCCAGGCUGGGCCCGCUGUGAGCUCUCCUGAACUCUGAGACUCACUGUGGGAGGAGACUGAUGGCGAAACCAGCGUGGCAAAAGUGUUCCCAUGGGGUUGCCCCCACGUGACACACGAAGUGCAAAUAGACGGGGUGGGGAAGCGACUCGAGCACCCAUCCCCGACUCCAAAUUUUCAAGGUACGACAGUGGCAUGAUCAUCGACACUCAAGUUUCAUGUGAAUUUUAUCAAAACAGGAAACAAAGACAACGACGAAGUUUAAAGGGUCGGACAGAUUUGUCCAGUUGGAGCAGACUCGGAGUGGGCUUCGAGGACUCUGGGCGUUGGGAUGGCAUGAGCUACCAUGUAGAGUUUAGUCUGCCUGCCCGCCCGCCUUGGCAGUAGUGGCCAGUGCAGUGUCAGCAUCAGCAUCCCAACCCCAUUCUCUGUUUACUGCCUUUGAAUAGACCUUCCUUCCCCGUGCUUCGGGUCACCUCGGGCCACAACCUUGUCUGUGCUGGAUUGCUCAGUCUGACCUCACAGGAAGCAAAAGGGACGAGCUUUAAAGAACAACCAAACUCUGCCGGGGGAUGGGAGUGCCAGGAAUGGCUCGGGUCCGGUAGACUCAGUACUUGCCUGUUUACCCUUCAUCCAUCCUGAGGCAGAGUCUGGGCUCCCUGGGGGUGAGGGUAGGGAGAGAAGCAGGGUGGGAAGGUAGUGGGUCUGGCCAGGGUCUGGACUGGGUGGGCCAGGCCGGGCAGCCAGCACUCUUCAGAGAGCCUCUACUCAAGUCGGCCUCUGGAUUCCGACCCUUUUCCCGAUUGGCUCUUGCUUUGGAUUGAACUAUCCCUGGGGCCCACAUCCUGCACGGAGUCCAAGUGUCUGUAAGGCUGGCUGGCCAGGGUCUCCCAGGCCACGCCCUAGAGCUGUCCUUGUCAGGCAGCUGUCCACCCCUAGGAUGUCCACCGGGCUGCAAAGAGGACAAGGAUAACCGGUUCCCACUGCUGGCCUUUCUGCUAUUAGCCACAGCCCCUUUGCUCUUUUUCCAGCCUGCCGACGGCUUUGCCGCCUCGGAGUUUAAGAUGGGAAGCUGGGAAGAAGGUAGGAGGCCUUUUCCAGACCAGAGGCUGAGGCAGAUCUUUUCGCUUGACCGUAUGUGUCCACACUCACUGGCCCUCCUCAGGGAGGGAGAAGCUGCUCUGGAACUCAUCCGGGCUGUCAUCACCACCCUCCCAAUCCCCACUGCCCACCUCCUUCCCCCUCAUCACAGUGAGAAAGGAUAAUGUGCAAGGAAAGUAUUUUUAUGGAUCAUAAAUGUAUUUUAGAACAAAUAAGGAGAAGAAAGGUAGAAGGGUUUAUUUUAUUAAAUGAGCUCUGACUCGGUGACAGUGUGUGAGCAUUUGCAGUGUGAAGGUCUCAGGUUCCUUGGAGAAGCCACCCAGGUUUCCAAACAUGGGUGUCGGACUGUGGAUGUGUGAGCCUGUUCCAGAGCACACCUUGUGUGUGUCCGAGUGCAGGCGUAUCUGUGUGUGUCGUGUAUGGGCACACGAUGGGACUUGGGGGACAAUUCCUAGAGAAUCACCUGCUCGGUUCUAACAGACAUUGGCAGCAGCUGGAUCUGGCGUUUCCUUGCUUACUGCCAGAUGUGGCCAACCUCUGCCCAUGCCCGAAGCUCUGUAGAAUGGCCUGGGUGCCUGUAGCAAGGCCCUUGGGGAGGCCCCUUCCCAUGCCCCUGGCCCAGCUGGCCACAUUGGCCAAAGAGCCAGGCUGGAGUCUGGGACCUUGGUUGUUCUUUAAGGCACUUCCUGCUACUUUGUCCCUCAGCUGCACAACACUCUGUGCUCCACAUCGGCUCGGGGUGGGGGGAUGAUAUGAAUGUCACAGGAGGAGACACCUUCUGUCUUUGUUUCAAUGAAAGUGAUGUGCCAUUUGUUAAUAUACAAGAGAAAUACUGAAAAUAUAUUGAAAAGAGCAAUUUUAAAUUAUUUUUGGCUUAUGUUGCAAUAUUUAUUUUCUUGUAUUAGAAAAGAUUCCUUUGUAGAGAAAAAAUGUAUUUUUCAUUAACGCAAAAACCUAUUUCUCCUUUUUGUACAUUGUCCAUGUUCGCUACCCUUCACGAGCAAUAGAAUGUAUGGCCGCCUGGGGGUGGCCGGUGCCCGCGUGCCCUGCAUGAUUCUGUGUUGCCGCUGCCGCAUAGCUCCCAGUCCCAUCCUGUCCUGCUCACUCCUGGGGGUCUUCCAGAGCCCAGCCCCCACUAGGGCCCGUGUCUUCACGACCCCUCUGCACUCCUCAUGUGUUGGCAAACGCAGUUAAUAAAGCGAUGUUUUCUGUG